GCUAAUGUAGACAUAGCCUGAGUCCCCAAGCAUGGGUACUACAGACCUGGGUUUACAAUGCAGUGUAGGCAUAUCAUUACUGAGCAAAAGUUGAGUUUCUGCUAAGGUAAUCUCCUAAAGAUGCACUGCAGAAAGAACUACUAUUAAAAACAAAAAAUCCUAAUAAAUGUAAGUCCCAAAAGGCCAUCUGCUGGGAUCAAGAGUUUCUUUUGCAUCCUUUGUGUGAUACUGUGGAACAUCUUUUGGUUUGAGAGGCAGGGAUGUUUUUGCUUUCCUCUUCCUAAGGUAUUCAGGACUCUUGUGGACUCCUCAACUCAGGUUUUCUUACAAAAGGACCACUCGCCUGUUCACAUGUGGCAACAAUUUCUGUUUCUAUAAAGCGGUGGGGGGAACUGCUUCCUUCAGACCUGACUAAAGUUUGUUUGAAACCUGAACGUUAAAAUUAGCUGAUGAAUUGCACAUGCCUUCCCUCCCAGAAAUGAUGUUUGGAGACAACAUCCUAAGAAUUCAGCAUGAUUAUGGCUUUGGAAUUGAGUUCAAUGCAACAGAUGCUUUAAAAUGUGUAAAUAACUAUCAAGGUAUGAUUAAAGUGGCCUGUGCAGAGGAAUGGCAAGAGAGCAGGACUGAGGCUGAACACACGAAAGAAGUCGUUAAACCAUAUGAUUGGACCUAUACGACAGACUACAAAGGAACACUAUUAGGAGAUACUGUAAAGUUAAAAGUUGUUCCUACAACUGAUCACAUCGAUACAGAGAAAUUGAAAGCCCGGGAACAGAUUAUGUUUUUUGAAGAAGUUCUGCUGUUUGAAGAUGAGCUUCAUGAUCAUGGUGUUUCAAGUCUGAGUGUAAAAAUAAGAGUAAUGCCUUCCAGCUUCUUUGUGUUGUUGAGGUUUUUCUUGCGAGUUGAUGGUGUACUUAUCAGGAUGAAUGAUACAAGACUUUACCAUGAGGCUGACAAGCCCUACAUGUUACGGGAAUACACAUCUAAAGAAAGCAAAAUUUCAGGCUUAACGCAUGUUCCACCCUCCCUGUUCACGGAGCCUAAUGAGAUCUCUCAGUAUUUACCUGUAAAGGAGACUGUUUGUGAGAAGCUAGAAUUCCCAGAGAAGUUGGAUCCUGAGCCUACAGCCUCAUCAGAAAGCACAUGCAUGGAAUCUAAAUAAAUGUGACUUUAUGUGGACUUGAAAUGGGCCCUCUUCUGGAGAUCAUAUGAUCACUUGACCAUUACCACUGGGGUAGUUUCACUAUUUAUGGGCUAAAGAUCAUUUGUUUGGCUAAUUUUUCUGUAGCCUUAAGGGGGCAAAAAGUUCAUUUCAGACAGGUUUCACUAAUGUAUAUAUUGUCCUUUUUUUUUUUUUUUAAAUAUUAUUUCAAACCUGUGUUUGGAAUGAAUGAGAGACUGGUAACAAACAGGAGAAUUGUCUUGGAGAAUAAACCCCUCCCAUGAAUAGCUGUUUUUGUUCUGUUUUGAGCAUUUGGCAGCUAUAUUGCCUAAACCCUCAACCACUAGCACCCUGGAUCAAGAAUUUUGGCUCUUGGUACCGAGAAGCUAGUGUAAUUCACAAAACUGAGCAGCUUUUAUUAACACUGUAGAAUUCUUCUACAAUAAAAGGUUUUGUUCCCUAUGAUAUAUAUGAUGAUUGACCUUCUGUUGUACAUUAGAAAUUUUGCUUGGCUCCCCUUGGUGUAAGAUAAUAUACAAGUUAGGUAAUUUCUCUGAAUUUUAAUCCCAGACAUUUUAUUGGAGGAUAUUUAUUCUUCCCUCAUUAAUAGCUUUAAAAAGUUAGCAAUGUGCAAAGCAUUACAAUUUCAGACACAUUAUAAAGAUAUCACCUUGUUCGGGAGCAGGGAAAUGGCUUGAAGUUAACAGAGGCCCACACAAUGGUAAAUUUAUCAAGUACCAAUUCACCUGAUAUCUAGUGGGGCUGGACUGUCUGACAACACUAAUCUGACUCUUACUAGGAUUAGGUGUGCUGCUAAUGUAGUAUCUAGUCAUUAAAAUGCAUUGUACUGCAUUGACUUCCCGGCCAGCACCCCAUUUAGUUGGUUGUGGCCUGACAAUCAAACUGCUAAGUCCCAGGUAUUUCAAUUCCUAAAGGGUUGAGGUAUUGGUUUUUUGAGACUGAAGUUUCCCUAGCUUUAAAGGGACACUGUCAAAUAUACUAGGCCUGAAAUUUAGGUUUUAUUUCUUAAAUCCUACAAAUCCUAAUAGAUUAAGUGUAUUUGUGUGUGUAUUCAUGAUUCUGUUCCAACACAAUUUACACUUUUGUGGAUUUAAACAUUUACCCUAUGUAGUCAUAAAACCUAAACACAUCAAUGUGAUUAUAGCAUGAGAACCAAGAACCUAAACUGACCAGUCUGGUUUCAUGCCCAUAUUGAAUGAAGUGCAAGAAUUAAAUUCAGGUGAUGACAAAAAGUAAAUCUUAAGUGUUAAACUGACUUAAUAUUCCACGAUGGUGGCAAUAAUUCAGAUGAGGGAAGAAAACUUUUAAUCUUAUUAAGAAAUGUAUAUAUUCUAAUUCUUCUCCACAUCAAAAUAUGCAAUUUAGAGUUGACGGAUAGUGAUAAGAUGUUUUACAAAAAAUUAAGAAAACCAUUGAGACUUAAAAGAAUGAAAGCUGUUUUGGUUUAAGAUGACACUGAAUUUUAGAGAAAGCUCCUGCCAUGAUAGUGAUGGCAGGUGUCUUUCUGAAGAUUGGCUUCACAAGUGCAGUGAGGCAGUAUGGUCUAAUGGAGUGGGCAUCGGGCUGAAAGGCAGGAACUCCUAAGCAGUGAUCCUGGCUCUGACACAGAUUCACUGUAUAACUAUGCGUAAGUCAUGUAACCUUUCUGUGCCUCUGUUUCCCACCUAUAAAAUGGGGGUAAUACAUUCCUACCUCACUGGAUUUGUGAGGAUUAAUUUGUAAAGUGUUAUAUCAGUGCAAAGUAUUCCUAAAUACACCUGCAGCCUUACAUUUGGAAAAGACUAGCAUGCAACACAAACAUAUUAAAUGGUUUACUAUCAGUUUGAUUCAACUAGAGAAGAGGACUGAGUUUAAAAUAUAACUAACUACUCAAAGAGCUAGCUAAUUUCCAGGUAGAUGUUACCCAGGGACAUCUAGAGUGUGGGAUGACUGAAUAUGUGGCCACUGAGAGGCAGGUAAACCCUCAUAUGCAAAAAUCCCAAUUUAUUCUUUCUCCAGCACGAGGCCCCAGCUACCUCCAAGCUUCUUCUCCCUACACUUGGUUCCUAGUCAAGCCCCCUAUAUCUAGAUAAACAGAGUGAAUCUGGCAGGGAAGGAAUUUGACAUGGAAGCAGACACAGUAAAUUAAUUUGGGGAAACACAUUUAGGUCUCAUUCAGUGAGGGGGAAAAGAAGGCAAAGGACGGAAACAACAGCGAGCAAAGAGGGAAAGCCAUUGUGCAGGUAAGUAAAUCUCACUGCAGCCUUUAUUUAAGGCAUACACCAUUUUAGAUGCCUCUUAAGAGGCUUAAAAAAAUCAGACAUUUUGGAGUCGUGGUUAGUAGUGAUGGAGAGGAGAGUUGGGAUGCUGAUAACAUAAGGAAACAUACCUGUGUGCUGGCUAAAAAUACUAUGGUUCAGGUUUGGUCAGUGAUAAUGUUCAGCUCCAUCACACUGAGGCAAGAUGGAGGAGAACAAUCCACAUAUUCCAUGUCUAGUAUUGAGAAGGGGUGUAUUGCAUGUUUAGCAUAUAUUGUGUGUUAUAGCCCUUCCAUUACUGCUUCUAGUGUUUUUGUGAUCUGUUUAAAAUGGAGCUGUGGAGUUCGCACUUAUCUUUGAAUAUGUACACAUCUGAUAUCCAUCUUUUUUGACUACCAUGCAUUUAAAUGGAACGUGCACCUUGGAGAAAUCACAAGAUCCUAUUAGAAAGUUAUACUUCCCUGCAAAAUAAAAUGCAGUAUGGGGUGUUUUUUCUUGUCACUCUAAAUGUGUUAUGUUGUGUAAAUACACAAAAGGCUGUGAAAUCGGUGUAUUGGAUGCUGCUCAGAUACAAGCUUCCCAGAGGAAAGAAGCCAGUGCCAGUCUUAUGUGAUGUGCACAGGUUGUAUGCCUCAGAGGGAUGGGGGAAGUGCUUUUCUGGCAGUUUUGUGGUCAGUUUAAUAUGUGAUGGUCUAUAUUUGUAGUUGUCUAUCACUAAAUAAAAUGUAUGCAACAUUUUAUA